AUGCAAGUCAUUUUUAAAGAUUUCAAGAAACAGACUAUUCCAAUUGAUGUGGAAUUGACAGAUACAGUCUCAUCAGCCAAGGACAAAUUAGCACAGAAAAAGGACUGUACAGCUUCUCAAAUCAAGUUGGUCUACUCGGGUAAAGUUUUGCAAGAUGAUAAAACUUUGGAAGAUUGUAAACUUAAAGAAGGUGCAUCUAUAAUAUUUAUGAUUUCAAAGGCCAAAGAGACUCCAACUCCGGCACCCGAGAGUCUGACGCCCGCCACCGAAGCUACUGCAUCAGCAUCUACUGGUGACUCCACAAAGGUUGAACCGGCAGGAUCAACACCAACGGCCCCUGCACCAGCCACCAAUACCGAGGGAGCUUCCGGAUCCACUUCCACCACUUCUCCAGCAGAAACCAGUGAAUCUACAUUUGCAUUAGGAAGUGAGAGAGAAUCAACGAUUCAGAAUAUCAUGGAGAUGGGUUACGAUCGACCUCAAGUGGAGGCAGCUUUGAGAGCCGCUUUCAACAAUCCACACCGUGCUGUCGAAUACUUGAUAAGCGGUAUUCCCGAAUCGUUGCAACGUCCAGUGGCACCAAGUGCUGCUAAUACUUCUGGUAGUGGAGCAGCUCCAUUGGCUGAAUCUACUACAGCCGAGGUAUCCCGUGGUGAGGAUGAUGACGGCGAUGCUGCUGACCAGAGUCAAGGAGGUGAAAAUUUGUUUGAACAAGCAGCAGCUGCAGCCGCACAAGAACAAGGUGGCGCAGCUGGAGCUGGUGCAGGAGUUGGAGUUGGAGUUGGAGCUGCAGGUGCAGGUGCUGGUGCUGGGGUAGGUUUUGGAGGAGGUGAAGAUCAGCAAAUGCAAUUGUUGAGAGCUGCAUUGCAGUCAAACCCUGAAUUGAUACAGCCAUUGUUGGAGCAAUUGGCUGCAUCGAACCCUCAAAUAGCCAAUUUGAUACAGCAGGACCCUGAAACGUUUAUCAGAACAUUCCUAGGUGCCGGGGGAGAAGAUUUAGGGUUUGAGAUUGAAGGAGAAGAAGGAGAAGAAGGUGGCGAAGGAGCUGACCCUGAGGGAACUGUGCGUAUACACUUAUCUGAACAGGAUCAAAAUGCCAUCAACAGGUUGUGUGAGUUGGGAUUCGAGCGUGACUUGGUGAUACAGGUGUAUUUGGCUUGUGACAAGAAUGAGGAGGUUGCCGCAGACAUAUUGUUUAGAGAUAUGUAG